AACCCCUCCCACAUUUUGCCUAUUUUAUACUAGUACUAGUAUAUAUGUAUUUGUAGCUUUGUGUUUAUAUUUUACUAUUUCCUUUUGUAGAAGAAAAAUCUUUGAGAAAUGACUAAAGAUGAAGACUUUAAGCUACUCAAGAUCCAGACUUGUGUGCUCAGAGUGAACAUACAUUGUGAUGGGUGCAAGCAGAAAGUGAAGAAACUCCUUCAAAGAAUUGAAGGUGUUUAUCAAGUAACAAUAGACUCUGAGCAGCAAAAAGUGACUGUUUCUGGUAGUGUGGAUUCUGCAACUUUAAUUAAAAAAUUAAUCAAGGCUGGUAAGCAUGCUGAGCUUUGGUCUCAGAAUACUAAUCAUCAAAUUCCGAAACAAAACCCCAACUGCAUCAAAGAUAACAACAAGAACAACAAAAAUCAAAAGCAGCAAGUUGGUAUACUCAAGAACCAGCAAAAGUUCAACCUUGUGCCGGAGGAACUCGAUUAUCUCGACGAGGAGGAUGAGGACGAUGGUUACCCUGAGGAAGAGAUGAGGUUUGUGAGGCAAGAUCAAGAAAGACAGAUGGCUCUAAUGAGACAAGUAGAAGCAAAUAAUAACGAGAAGAAAGCUAUGGCAGCAGCUAUGGUCAAUGGUAAAGUAAACAACAACAACAAUGUCGCCAAUGCGAAUAAUGCGGGCACUGGGAAGAAAACAGGCCCUAUCCAGAAUAUGCCAAUGAAGGCGAAUCCUGGAGGUCCCAACAUUGACCCAAGAACAAUGGCUGCUAUGAAAAUGAACAUGAACAAUGUCAAUCUUGGUGAGGCUGCGAAAAGGGGAAUGGGAGGAAAUGACAUAAAUGCAAUGAUGAAUCUUGCUGGUUUUCAUGGGAAUAACAAUAAUGGGAAUGGGAUUACUACUAAUAACAAUGGUGGUGGAGGAUUUCAAGUUCAUCCAAAUAAUGUUAUACCAGGUGGUCAUAAUCCCUCUGCUUCAAUGCUAAUGAACAUGAACAAUGGUGGGGCGCAACAACAACAGUAUAAUCCUUCGCCAAUGCUAAUGAAUUUUCAAAACCGCCAUGCUAUGCAACAACAACCACCACCUCAGAUUGCUUACAAUAGGUCGCCUUUCAUUCCUCCAGCUAUUGGUUAUUACUAUAACAAUAGUAAUAAUUAUGGUGGUCAAGUUCCAUACACUUCAUAUGUUGAUCCUUAUUAUUACAAUUCUGGUGCUGCUGCUGCUGAUCAAUCUGCCACAAAUUCUCAUAUGUUUAUUGAUGAGAAUCCUAGUAGUUGUUCCGUUAUGUGACUGAUGAAUGAAGUCGUUUUUAGAGUAUUUUGUAAUGUGGGAAUUGAAGUAAUAUGGUUUGUGGGAUGAGGAGUGUUUUAGGUCUUCAAAUCUUUAUGAUGUUUAUUUGUAUUUUCUUUGCUACUACUACAAUUCUAUCUUGUUGUAUAAUUCUCUUUAUAUUAGUAGUUCGUAUUUUUAUUAAAUAGGGGAAGAAUAUGUUUUAUUAUAAGGUCUGUGUUUUUA